CAAUUUUUCCAAUGAAGCAAGAGCAGUUUUCACACAGAACACAAUUCCAGCGUGGAGAUUUGAUGGAUCACGUCUACUUCAUCAGUACUGGAACAGUGGCAGUUUUCAAUGAAGAUCGAUGUGAAAUGAUCCAUCUGACCGAUGGAGACGAAAUAGGGAUCAGAAGCGUCACUUCGUUUUAUGAUGUUUAUUUUACAUACACGUACGUUUCUAUUGAAACUACCGAAAUGUAUACGAUCCCUACUAAGGAUCUCAGGGAUAUUGUUUAUUCCAAGAAAGACAUUUUGAAGUUCUUUCGAAGGAAAGUCCAAGAAAGGGCGGACAGAUGGAAAAAAAUUGAGACUGUUGCAACCGCUCAAGGUACCGACUUGUGGUCGGAAUUGCAACGUCGAAGGGUGCUGGAACAGCCUCGCAUCAGAACCAGGUUCUUCGAUUACCAAUAAUUUAUUAUUCGAUUUUGUUCUUUAUAUAAUUAUGUGCUCUUUUUACAUGUUCACAUUCUGAGUCGCUCAUCGGUAAAUAAAACCAGUUUUUUGGGACAA